AUGGAGCUUCCACAACUCGGAUUCGGUACUUAUAAUGCAACUGACCCUGCAAAACUCAAAGCAGCGCUUCACUACGCAAUAGAAGAAUGUGGUGUCAGUGAAGCAUGGGCAUAUUUUAAUCAAAAAGUUGUUGGUGAAACACUCAAAGAAAUAUUUGCCAAAGGAAAAAUAAAGCGUGAAGACUUGUUCAUUACAUCCAAAGUAUGGGGUACCCAUCACAGAAAAGAACUUGUUGAACCAGAAUUGCGUGAAACACUUCAAGACCUUCAACUUGAUUACAUUGAUUUAUUCUUAAUGCAUAACAUCGUUGCUUUCAAACCGUGUGAAGGAAAAGUUCUAUGGGAGAAAAACGAAAAAGGUCAACAAAUUUAUGAAGCAAUUGAUAUUCUUGAAACAUAUAAGGCAAUGGAAGAGUGUCAGAAGAAAGGUUUGACGAGGUAUAUUGGAGUUUCUAACUUCUCUAUAGAACAACUUGAAAGAGUUUGGUUCAACUGCGAAAUCAAACCAUAUGCAAAUCAGGUUGAAUGCAACAUAUAUAGACAGUGCAAACCACUUCUUGAAUACUGCGAAUCUCACAAUAUAUACCUCGUUGCACACACACCUCUUGGACAUCCUCCGUUAAUCGGUCCUUUUGGAACAACACUUCUUGAAGAUCCUGUUGUUAAGUCAGUUGCAGAAAGCAUCAAUAAGACAACAGCACAAGUCUGCCUGAAGUUCUUACAGCAGAAAUCAAAGAAAUAUAUUCUUAUUCCAAUGUCAAUGAAUCCAAAGAAUAUCAAAGCAGACUAUGAACUUGAUUUCGAGUUGUCUUCAGACAACAUGUCAAAACUUGAAUCAUUAGACCGCUUCUACAGCUUCUACAACUUCUCAGAACGUCAUGGUGUUGACUCACAAGGAACAGGAUCAAAUAAAUGGGUACUUUAA